UUAUUUAAGAAAUAUAUUCAUAUAAAGAUACCAUACUAAUACCAUCACCAUGUCGGCAAGCAAACAACAAGUCAGUACAUGUAAUUAUUACGAUAAUAAUAUACUAGUAAAUUAGACCGGCCGUGCUACUUACAUUCCAUUUCGGACAAGUCUAAAUAGAGCACAAAAAAGGUAAUUACACACGUAACGUCUUACGUCUCGUUCAUGCAACAAUGCGUGGGCUACUCCAACUAGAUCAUAAUAAACAAACUCCGCGAGCUUACUUUCUGCUCGCUAUAAUCUUUAGCGGAAACGUAAGUGAGCUGGUUGGUUACCACUUUCCCCCUCUUUGGCACAUUACACGGUCCGAUUGAGAAUCCAGUAACUCCUCGCACUGAGGGCCACUGAGCGGUGUAUUGUGUUCGGACGUGUCAUCGCAGAUAUGCGGUAAGUUACCAUGGGAUGUCAGAUGACGGUUUUUUUUACAUCUUCCCUAGAAUUAAUGCGGGUGUGCUGGAGAUCAAACGUGCUCAGUGUUAUGUUUUAAUUUGUCGUACCCAAUGGGUAUAAAGCUGAUUGUACUGUUGGGCUUAUUGCUGGGGGUGCUGUACUGCAUUCACCUGCUGGUCCAGGAUUACCAGGCACUGUCCGCGCCGCGGAUGCUGUUCAGGUUCCUUUUCAAAAGGGAUGUCAACGCCCAAAACUAUACGAAACCACACGUUCGCUGGAGAAGGAUUCUGCUUCACGACCCAAUCCAGUGCGCCCGAUACCUCUACUGCGACCUGGGGGCCCGGCCAGCCGACACCGAACCGAGGAAAGGAUUCAUAGUCAUGCUGACAUUAGAUCCUUAUGCAGAGGAUAAGCUUUCUCACGAAGUGUUCGCGAAAGCUUACGAGUCAGGCAAGUUAAACAGCGACGCGGAAUAUUGCAAGAAGAAAUACUACAUGUGUCCUUUCGACGCGGGGUUCCUCUUCGAGAUAAUACAAUACCUGCUUAAAACUUAAGCAAAGUAUAUUGAAGUCAAUAUUAUGCUAAGCCUUACCUCCUCUAUGACCUCAAUUUUAAGAAUAUGGUCUGGAUUUGAUGCACCUGUCACUCAUAUUUUUAAAAUUAUAAACUGUGGAUUGUAAUCUAUUGUAUUGAGUACAUCAAAAUGUCCUCUACUUAGAAAAAUACAUAAUAAAAAAAAAACAGUCGUUCCCGGCGCGUCACUUGUUGGUAUAAGGUAGGGUUUCUGCUCGAGAAUUCUCGAGGCGAGAAAUCUCGAGAAAUUUAGCCUUCAGCGAGGCGGGAAAAAAAGCUCAGUGCCUCGAGAACUCGAGAAAUAAAUCUCUUGUGAUAAGUAAAAAGAAUAAUACGUGAUAUGUCUAUAGUGUAUUUGAUGGGGUGGUUAAAUAAAUGUAAACAAUGGUUUUUUUUUUACAUUUUCAGGUCCUUACUUAAAACAUUUAUUAGUUGACUAACCAAAUAAAAAAAACUACCUUGAUCCGUCCCCUAUCGUGCUGGCUUCAACAGAUUUUCGUGUUUUGAAACUUUUGAAGUACUACCCUCAAAUGUUCAGAAAUUCGUCUCGUUUUAGAUUCUUUACAGUAUUUCGUUUUUUUAUGAAACUAAAAAAAAACAAUCUUGACAUGUCUUUUUUAUUAAAAAACGCUUUGAUG